AUCGACAUCGCGCGACGACGCAACGCGAACGACCCACGCGUUGAAUUCCACGUCGCAGACUGCGGCCAGCCGUUGGAUGUGGGUCAAUUUGAUGUCGUGCUGUCUUGCUGGCUGCUAAACUACGCGUCCAACGAUGCCGAGAUGCUGGACAUGUGGCGGAAUAUAUUCAAUAGUUUGAAGCCCGGGGGACGCGUGGUUGGUAUUAGUCCGGAUUUGGGCGCUAUCGAGGAAGGGAGGGCUCUGCCGGUGGGGAAUUACCACGGGCAGGGCGUGGAGGUGAUAGAGAGAUUGGACAAUGGGGGUGUAAAGGUGCAGACGACGAUGUAUACGUCGGAGCCUUUUUCGUUCCAGAGUUACUUCCUGCCGAGGGAGAUGUAUAACAGGGGGGCGAAGUUGGCGGGGAUGAAGGAUGUGCAGUGGGUGACGCAUCCAAAUUUUGAAGUUGCAGGGAUUGAGGAGCAGGAGAUUCUGCAGCGUCCUCUGUUCAAUAACUAUACGGCUAUUCGGCCGCUGGGAUAG